GGACCACGCCAAGCACUCACACGCAUAAGUCUUCAGACAUUCCAACCCGUCCUUAAACUGUCAGCUGUUGUGAUGAUGAUGAUGAUGAUGCCAGGAUAAUGAAGAAGAGACUGCGAUUACAGGUUCCAGGCUAGGGGCAGAUUUCUGAGAAAGCAGGUUGUGAAAAACCCUCGAGUGACUGCAAAAGACCUGCAGCGAGACUUGGUGGCAACAGCACUGAGGUUUCAGUGAGCACAGUAAGGCUCUUCAUAUAUAAGUGCUUCUGUUCAGAGUCGCCAGAGUUCAUUAACACAGCCUGCAGGAGCCACCUGGGAUUAGCUGAAGUGUUCACAGAUCAAAGCAAGAAACACUGAAGGAAGGGUCACGGGAAAACCUGGAGCCUAUCCCAGGGAGCAUCAGGCACAAGGCGGGGUACACCCUGGACAGGGUGCCAGUCCAUCACAGAGCACAAUCAUUGUGUAAUACAAUAUAUUUAUGCAGAGUGAAAACCUCAUGAGAUGGAGGGUCAAGAGAAUCAUAUCCGCAUUCACAUGAUUGAGGACGUGGGCCACGUGAAUGGGACGUCUAGACAAAGAGUCAUCACCAAAGAUCCGGUCGCACGGCAGCACGGAGCCACUGUGAGCUUCCACAACAUCCAGUACAGUGUGACGAUAAAGAGUAGCUCCUGUAAGAAGAAGAGCGUCACUAAGGACAUCUUGGUGGACCUGAACGGAAUUAUGAAACCUGGUUUAAAUGCCAUUUUAGGCCCUACUGGAAGUGGCAAAUCUUCGUUUUUGGAUGUGCUUGCAGCAAGGAAGGACCCCUCGGGUCUUUCUGGUGAAGUCCUGAUCGAUGGAGCUCCACAGCCAUCCAAUUUCAAAUGUCUCUCGGGCUAUGUUGUACAGGAUGACGUGGUGAUGGGCACUCUGACCGUGCGAGAGAAUCUGUGUUUCUCGGCUGCACUUCGUCUUUCAUCCACUGUAAAACAGAAAGAAAAGGAGGACAGAGUUAAUCGUCUCAUUUCCGAGUUAGGCCUCAGUAAAGUGGCAGACAGAAGGGUGGGCACUCAGCUGAUUCGCGGCAUCUCUGGAGGUGAACGAAAGAGGACCAGCAUUGGCAUGGAGAUGAUCAUUGACCCCUCUGUACUGUUCCUGGAUGAACCCACUACAGGCCUGGAUGCCAGCACCGCCAACUCUGUUCUACUGCUGCUUAAACGAAUGGCCAAUAAUGGACAUACCAUUAUCAUGUCCAUCCACCAGCCACGCUACUCCAUCUACCAGCUCUUUGACAACCUCACACUGCUGGUCAGCGGCAAACAAGUCUACCAUGGACCGGCCCACAAUGCACUGGACUACUUCGCCAACAUUGGUUAUGAAUGUGAAACCCAUAACAACCCAGCAGAUUUCUUCCUGGAUGUCAUUAAUGGAGACUCCAUAGCUGCGUCUAUGGCCAAGCUGCAGACUGCAGAAGCAGAAGAUAUAGAACUUGAAGAGCCUGGAAGCACAAGGCAGAGCAUUGAAGAGCAUCUGGUGGAGGAAUACACGAAAAGCAGCUAUGCUCAGGAAACCAAGGCUGAACUGGAGCGUAUCAUGAGGGGCAAAGAGUACAGCACCAAACCCAAGUCCCGCACCAUCACCUACAACUGCGGUUUCUUCCACCAGCUAAACUGGGUCGUGAAGAGAACUUUCCGGAACCUGAUGCUGAACCCUCAGACCUCCAUUGCACAGUUGGCAGUGACCAUCUUCUUGGCACUCAUUGUUGGCGCCAUUUUCUUUGGAGUGAAAUACGACCAAAGUGGCAUACAGAACAGGUUCGGAGCUCUGUUCUUUAUCACGACAAAUCAGUGUUUCAGUACACUGUCAGCUGCUGAGCUUUUCAUCACUGAGAGGAAGCUCUUCAUACAUGAGUACACCAGCGGCUACUACAGCGUGUCUGUAUACUUCCUGUCUAAGAUCCUGUCUGACAUAAUCACUCUGCGCACGAUUCCCGCUGUAGUCUUCACCUGUAUUGUCUACUUUAUGAUUGGAUUCAAGCUCACACCAGCAGCAUUCUUCAUAUUCCUGUUCACAGUGAUUCUAGUGGCGUACACAGCCACAGCUAUGACCAUGGCCAUCUCUGUUGGUCAGUCUGUUGUGGCUGUCGCAAACAUCCUCCUGACCGUGGCCUUUGUCUUUAUGAUGAUCUUCUCAGGUCUGCUGGUGAAUCUGGAAAGCGUCAUGGCCUGGCUCGCCUGGCUUAAGUACUUGAGCAUCCCGCAUUACGGACUCACGGCUUUGGAGAUUGUAGAGUUUGUGGGACUGAAAUUCUGUGGGAAUCUCUCUGAUGAACUAAUAUCCAACACCACUCAGGGAAUCAUCUGCACAGGUGAGCAACAUCUCAAGGCCCAAGGAAUCGACUACUCUACAUGGGGAUUAUGGCAGAACCACAUGGCCCUGAUAAUUAUGACCAUCAUAUUCCUCAUCAUCGCCUACAUCAAGCUCAGGUUCAUGCGCAAGUUCUCCUGAGUGCUGAGACGCCUGUUCUGUUGACUUGUCUUUCCUGCAGAUUCGCUGCGUUCUUUUCUUUUCGGCGGGAUUUUUGAAGAUUUCAGGAGUAACAAGAACACUUGUUUCCAUGUUGCGGCCUACAGCUUGAAAGGUUCUGAAUUUGGUCAAAUUGCCACAAGUUGAUUGUAAUGAUGAAGGAUAUUUAUUCUAAAUGACGUAACGUCACGUAAAUAAUACCUUGUGGCCAGUUGUCUACACAGUUAGCAGCUAAAUUCUCAGUAUUUAUUUUGAAGUUAUGAAACAAAGUAUUUAGAGUUGUGCUUUUUCUGUGUAGAUUCUUAAUAAUGUUUUUUUUU